UUGGCUAUUUUGUAAGGGAGGUCACUAUAAACUACUUAUUUAUUUGCGGAAAUAAAUCUAACAUUUAGAUCUACUUUCGUUAUGAACGUAAACAUUAGCCACAGAAAUCAAAAUCAACAUGGAAAAGGCGGUAGAAAGCUUAGAAAUAAUGUUUCAAAAAGCAGAGGCAGACAUAGAGUAUUUGUCCAGGAAGCUAGAUUUUCAGCUACAGAGUGAAGACUCUUUAAAAGAUGAGAAUAACCCAAUCAGACUUCUCAAGAAAAUUGAAGAAGUCAAAUCUGAGUUUUCUUCCAUAGCUAAUGAUAUGUCAGAAAUUCAAAAAGCUCAGAAAGAAGCCACAGAUUAUUUCCGCAGUCAGCUUCUCACAUUGACACAAAUGCUGGAAAAACUAGGUGGUCUGGUUGGAGAAACGCCAGAUCUGGAGGACACCACGUUGGCUCAGUUUGAAGAAUUGUCACAGCUGUUAGGGGUCUCAAAAAGUAGUCUUCUUCCAGCAUCCUAUCAUCAUGAGAAUUCUAGCCCACAGGGAAAUGAACAGGAAGAAACUUGCAGCAGUUCUAAUGCAGAAGAAGAACCCACUCCAGUUGAAGGAAAGCCUUCAGACCUGAAGAGUCAAAACAAGAUUGAAGUGAUUUCUGUUUCUGCUUACGACAAAAGAAAGAGCAGUCCUGAAUUCAUAGAAAUAAAUACUGAUGAGUUUAUGUCUGUGUCAGACUUGGUUCGUGGCAGAGUCAAGUUGGAGGACCUCAAUAGGACCUACAGAUUACUCUGGCAGCAUUUUAAGGAGGAGGGAAACAAAGCUCCUCUAACACAAAAAGAAAUGAAUAAUAUGGGUUUGAGAGUGUCUGGAGCUACAGGAGAGGCUAAACUUAAGAUAUUACGAUCUCUAAAACUUUGUGAGAUCAGCCGAGCAGGAGAUGUGAAAUUGACAUGAACAAGGUUGACAGGAUUUGUUAUAUUUUAUUAUUGAAACACUUUGGGGCGGCUUGCAGCUUCUCAUAUUUUUUGUACUAUAAUUAUAACAAAUGUUACAUGUAAUUGUUAUUUUAGCAUACAUUUAACAAAAUGUCUUCAAGUCAUUUAUGAUGAUUACAUAACCAAAAAUGUAGUGAGAUUUUGAGGGUGUGAAUGUCAACGAGUUGUUUUUGUGUGAAAGAUUUCAUUUUGGCAAUGCAAGACAAAUACUGUAUGUGAUGAGUCAUUGCAUUAACAUUUAAGUCUUCUCAUUCCUAGCUAUAUGAAUCAAUCAAAUAAAGGACAAUUUAUCUAAUUUUUUAAUUUAUAACUCACAUUUACUUAUAUCUAAACAAUUUAUUUCUUUAAAAUACUUUGUAGAUAUUACUUAUAAAGAUGUGUUUUUCUUUUAUUAAAUUAAAAUAAUGACAGUAUUUAUAUUUUCAUGGCAGUUUUUUUUUAAUGACUAUUGGUUCGAAAAAAUUCAACACAUUUUAGAUCUAAGUCAGUUUUUGAUUAAAAUAGCUUGAAGAGAACAUUACAAAACAAACAACUUCCAAUAUGUUAUUGGUCUGCUUCACAUUUUCUUGUCACAAAACCAUUUAGUAUCAUCUCAGUUUUAAUUAAAAUAUUAUAAAAUAAUAAUUCAUAGUUAUCAAAUUAUUUUUGAACAAGUUCUAAUAGAAUUCAUUGAUUAGAAUCAAGAAAGAACAAAUUUAUUUUUGUACCAGAUAGUGAACAUAUUAUCUCUGCUAGAAUUUACUCCUACUUGUCCUUUACGUCUAAUGUUUUAGUUCUAUUUUUGUUUGUUUAAAAAGAAAGUUCUCUCAAAUAAAGAUUAAACAAAAGUUGAUUAGUUAAUCCAUAUUACUGGUAGUGUACAGUUAUUGUAAUUUGAUUACUUAUGCAUCUACUCUACUUUUUAAAUACUUUUGAGGUUCUGUAUCUGAUGAAUAUACAUUUUGUUACAGUUUGUACAAAACAUCACUAUACAUAUUGGUAUCUGUGCAGUUUGCAAUAAGUGGAAAACAAGAAUUCAUCAUUAAAUCAUUUAUUAUAGUUGUGUAUAACAGAAAUUAGGAUUUAAAUAAAAUUAUCCUGAAGCAGAAAAGAAUCCAACUGGAAAGCAAUGCUUAAAAAAAACAAUUCAACAGUUGUCUUUAACAGUGCAAAGGUUAGGUCACCAAACAGCCACGUCUCACCAGUCAACCAAUUACACAUCAUCAUAGCUCUCAUACUCAAGCACCACUUCAAGCCACAUGUCAUUCACUAUCAAGCUCUUGCAAUCCUAAGCUCAGAGAUGUCAUUAAAUUUGUAGCAACACCUGUUGCUGUACUGGUCUACUUGACCUGGAUCAAUAAACCAAUUAGAGCCAUACUGUAGUCUUUCCUUAGCAAUUAUAAGCAUGACAGUUAUAUUUAGUUUGUUUUAUACAAUUAAAUGAUGACAGACAGGGUGCUAUGAACAUUUUCAAACAAUGAGAAUUUCUAAUGCUUUGACCUGAGCGACAGGCCUAGAUGUUUUAUAGAUCUACAUUUCUGCAGACCAUACUAAAAGAAUAGUAUAUUAGAUACAUGCACAUUCUAUGAUAUUAUUGUCUUAAGAAUUUCUAAAGACUAAAAAUAAUUUUAAUGUAAAGCCCCAACUAAUGUGAAAUAUAAAUAUGGUAAAUGUCUAAAAAUAAUGAAGACGUGUCUGGUCUAUCAUUAACAUCUUAACUUCUAUAAUGUAAUAGCAGAUUUAUUACAAUUAAUAGUUCUAUUUCUCAUAAAGCAAGGAACAAUGCAAGCUAUUAUACCAAAAAAUAAUGACAAAAAUGUUUCUUUAUGACUUUGUAGUGGAAGUACAAGUCAAUGGACGUACAUUUAAAACACUGUAACAAACUAUGAUUCACAUGUAUACACAAAUACAUCUGCAUGUUUAUAUAUAUUUAUAUAUCAAGUUAGUAGAGCAAUAUGCAUAAAUAUGUAUGUAUGUUUGUAUAGACUAGAUGAUUCCAGUUUAAGAAAUAGAAAGUCCAGUGUAUAAUGAACAUCAUUAUAACAGCAACCAAAGAAAAUAAACCAGAAGAAUUAGUAAAAAAAAAAUCUGCUAUUAGACCUCGCAAACUAUAGGGCAGAUGAUGUUAAGGUCAUCUGUUUCUUUGGUUAGUGAGCAGGGUGUCAUGUGGCCAGCACAACAACUAAACGCCUUUACUUUCCCAAACUAAAGUCAGGUACCCAUUAGAGCUGAGAUUCAAUCCCAGGUUCAAAAGCCAAGGGCUUAACCACUAAGCUACCACAGCCCCUAUUAGUGUAUAUGCCAAGGUAUAAACAUACACCGAGGUCAAGAACUUCAAUUAUACAAAUAGCCGACUAUAUUCAUUUUGUCUAUUUUCUUCGACGAGUUCCUAGUAAAAAGUAUUGACUGAGCUAGAUUAAAGAGCUGAACAUUUCAAAAGAGGUUGACUACAUUUGAUCAGGUUGAGAGAAGAACUUACAAAAGAGGAAUAUAUGUUUGCUAUGGAGGUAGAUGGCUCAGCAGGUCAUUGUGUAGGAAUACUCUUUUUUUUUUUAAACUAGAAAAGCAAAUCAGUAUAUUGCUAAUAAGAAAAGAUUGAUUUUAUUCAAACCGAGACCAAAAUCAGAAACAAACAAUUUCCAAGUUUCUUGGUUAUACAAGAAUUAAAAUAUUUCAGAGCUAACUGAAACAAUAUAUUUUGUGUCAAAUUAUUUAAUUUCAAUAUUUAUCAGAUGGAAACAUUUCUUUGUUCAUAACUUGAUUAUAUAAACAAAAAUGUUUACUCCUUUCCUUUGCAAUGAGAAGUAGAAAAUCAGAUACAUAACUUUUCCAUUUAAAAAAAUAUAUUUAGUAAUUUUGUUUCUUUAUCAUUUGUAAAAGUAAUCCUUUUUUUCUUCCUUUUCUUGUUAUUUAAUUUUGUUUUGUUUACUUUUCAAUGUUUUGGAGAAUGUCUGUGCUACAAUUUUUCUUUUAAAGUUCUAUAUGUUAAUGCAAAACUGGGCCUUAAAUGUCUAUAAAAUUUACAUAUUUCUUGCAAUAUACAGCUUAAAAAUUUAGUAACAGAGCCAUUUAAAAUAAGAGAGUUGGCCUAUUAAUCAAUACAAUACAUAAACCUCUAAGUAAUAUUUCCUUAUCUCAUUUGAAACAAACUGAAAACAAAAAUAUUAGAAAAGAAAA